AUGAAGCUCUCAACAACCACAGCUGUAUCAUCUGCGUUGGCAUUGUUGUCGGUAACUGCCGUCGACGCUUUAACAAUCCAGAACCCAUUCAAUGGGCAACAACCUUUGCAAUUGGAUUUCAAUUACGACAAGUAUGCCUCCCAAUUGUCCAACUUGUUGUUUGACGAGGAAAAGCAAAACGACUUCUUUUCCAAGGUCUCAACUUUCUUCAACGAACCUUUGGAAUCAUUGACUCAUGAAACAAAGAAGUUAUGGUCAGAUAUGAUUUUGAAUUCGAAGCAAUUUAACGACUUGAGAUUCACUAUCCCUGGAAAAGCCGGCAAGAUUAUUAAACAAAACUUUGACUUCCAUGUCAAGGAUCAAAAGGUGCCUAACCAUCAGUUGAGGGUCAAAUCCACCCCUGAAGACUUGGGGAUCGAUACUGUCAAGCAGUACUCGGGAUAUUUAGAUGUUGAAGAUGAAGAUAAGCAUUUCUUCUUCUGGGCGUUUGAGAGUAGAAACGACCCAAAGAAGGACCCAGUCAUCUUGUGGUUAAAUGGUGGUCCAGGAUGCUCGUCAACCACAGGUUUAUUUUUUGAACUAGGCCCAUCCUCAAUCAACAAGGACAUCCAAGCAGUGCACAACCCAUACUCCUGGAAUAAUAAUGCCACAGUAAUUUUCUUGGACCAGCCUGUCAAUGUUGGAUACUCCUACUCGUCAUCCUCGGUCUCAAACACUGUUGCUGCUGGUAAGGAUGUUUACGCUUUCUUGGAGUUGUUUUUCAAGCAAUUUCCACAAUUUGCCGAGUUGGAUUUCCACAUUGCAGGUGAGUCUUAUGCUGGCCACUACAUUCCUGUGUUUGCCAGUGAAAUUUUGAGCCACCCAGACCGUUCUUUCAAGUUGAGUUCUGUUUUGAUUGGUAACGGUUUGACUGAUCCAUUAACUCAAUACGAAUACUACGAGCCAAUGGCCUGUGGUGAAGGUGGUGAGCCAAGUGUGUUGGAACCAGAAGAGUGUCAGUCAAUGACCGAUUCCAUUCCAAGGUGUCAAUCGUUGAUCCAGCAAUGUUAUGAAUCGGAGUCGGUAUGGAGCUGUGUUCCGGCAACAGUCUAUUGCAACAAUGCCCAAAUGGGUCCUUACCAAAAGACUGGUAGAAACGUUUAUGACAUUAGAACUAUGUGUGAGGGAUCAGACUUGUGCUACGAAGGUUUGCUGUAUAUCGACACGUAUAUGAACAAGCCUGAAGUUAUGAAGGCUUUGGGUGCCGAAGUAUCCAGCUACGAGUCGUGUAAUUUCGAUGUUAACAGAAACUUUGUAUUUGCCGGUGAUUGGAUGAAGCCUUACCACAAGAAUGUUAUUGACAUUUUACAACAAGACUUGCCAGUUUUGAUUUACGCAGGUGACAAAGAUUUCAUUUGCAAUUGGUUAGGUAACGAAGCGUGGACUGACAAGUUGGAGUGGAGUGGCUCUAAGGGCUUCUCUAAGGCUCCAGUGAGAAAGUGGAAGAUUGACGGCAAACAUGCUGGUGACGUCAAGAACUACGAACAUUUUACUUUCUUGAGAGUCUUUGGUGGUGGCCAUAUGGUUCCAUACGACCAGCCAGAAAACGCUCUUGACAUGGUCAACAGAUGGAUUUCUGGAGACCGUAAAUUUUAA